AUGGUCAGGUUGGCUGCGUCUGCCUUGGUCUCCUCCUAUCGCAAGGCAGUGGAACUUUUAAGAAAGCGUCAGAUGCACCAGCUCGUGGUGCAGGCGCUACAUGAGUUGGGCAACUUGCUGUGGUUGGAAGGUGAUGCAUCGGGCGCCCGGGAAGCUUGGAGCGAUGCAGUGGACACCGUCUUCCAGUUUCCGUACGCCAUCAAGAACUGGUGCAAGUGCAUCGAAUCCUCCUUGAAUCCACCGCAGGACCCGGCACGUGUGGAGAUUCUCUUGUUGUCGGUGGUGCUGCUGGCCAAGCAUGCUCGCCUCACGAAGCCCAAGGACAUGAUGGCUCACCUCAAUGCCACUCUCUUUGCUUCCAACAUCUUGGAGGCCAUCCUGACAACGGCCCUGCCGAACCCCCCGCGGCGCGACGAAUUUGUGCCCAACAAGCACCGUUUGCGCGAGAUCUUCUUUGGGCUUCGGGAGACAAGGAUGAUUCUGCCGCCCAGUAGUGUCUAUGGUGGUGUCGAUGGGUGCAACUUCCUAAGUGCUCUCAGUUUCUUUCAAAACACCCUGGUGGUCAUGAAUUAUCAGCCAGCUCGUGCUCUGCCAAUCUGCUCCCUGUACACUUAUGUGGCCACGGAUGUUUGCAGGAACGUCGCAUUGAGUAUCAAGGGACGGUUGCUGAUGGUCCAAUCUUUGAUCCGGUGCCGAUUCUUUACAGAGGCCUGGCUCGCCUUGUAUGCCAUCUCCCAAAACCAUGAUCAGCCGCGAGGACUUGUCGAAGCAGAGGCUCUGGAUAAGGCCAUUGUGGAAGCUCAGGAGAUGAGCAACGCGACGCCGUUCCUUCAACACGAAGAGCCCUGGUCCGAAGCCAAUACGCAGGCCCUGAAAAAACUUGUGGACUUUGCUUUGACACCAGCUGCUGCUGGAGUGGAGGAGGGUGCUACUCCCAGUGGAACAGCAGCAUGGAAUCUCUGGGUCUUCAAGAAGCUGAAGGCCGAGUUUUUGGUCACCGUCAGACACCCAGAGGUCCUGGGAGGACAAGUGACAAAAAGAAGCCCAGAAUCUAGAAGUCAUCAGAACACACCAGUACAAGUCAAGAAAGGGCGAAGUGAAGAAAGAGAGCCAAAGGAGGAAGAUAUGCCAAACCAGAACCUGGAAGACACUUUCAACACCACGCUCACAACCAUCAUCGAAGGCAAGAUCAGCGACAUAGUGGAAGACAUCCGGGAUUUCAAGGAUCAGAUGAAGACCUCUCGCAAUCAACUGGCAUACCUCUUAUACCAAGAAGCAGAGAAACAACGUUCAGAUGCGGCAUGCAAAAUCAUGGUCAAGAACUGUUGGCAGUAUGUAGAGUCCGAUGAGAACUAUGCACUACUUCGUGAACAUAGGGAGAUCAUGAUCAAUUGGGCAGCUCAAGAGGCACGAAUAGAUGAGAAGGACAUUAGGCACUUUCACUUUGACCACCGCCGAGGCAAAUCUAUUUCCCCCUUCACCAUGGUGAACGUCGGUAACUUCUACACCAAACAGAAGUUGAUGGAGUGGUAUGCCCAAAAUUUUGACAAGAAAGGAAUUACGGAAUGGACCAGUGAGAAAUUGAGCCACCUGACCAAUGGCAACAACAAGGCCGAGGUGAAUGGCAUGAUCGAAGUAGAACCGUGUAUCGCUGCAUUUGACCGCAUGCAAACCGAACCACUCAAGGCAAUGAUGGCCGUGAUCACAAAAUUGGCCCCAAAUCUGAAAUGGAGACAUUCAUGGAAGCACCUCACCCUUCAAAACCCCGAGACAGAGGAGUACAUCGCCUGGCUCGCACUCGACCACCUACAAGGAAUUGCAAAGGUCUACUUUGACCGCAGGCUUUUCACAGCUAGACAGUUUGAAGAUGAGUUCCAUGCAGUUUUGGGCGCCCAGAUGACCAAGAAAGCCGUCGGCGCCAAGGGCAAAGGCAAGAGCAAAGGAGGAGAAGGAGUACUGACUGACCCCGGAGGAUUCCUCAAAGCAGUAGGCUUAGGAACAGAUGGAAAAGGCUCAUACUAUAAGGUUUCUACUUUAAGCAUGAAAACAAAAAUGCCUUUCACUUUUGAAAUCAGGUGCAUCAAUCAGGAAGAAUUUGCUACCAAAUACACCGGGCACCUCGACAGGAUUGCAAAGCGCAUCCUGCAGCCUGACUUGCUCCUGUAG